UCACCCGCAACCAUCAGCGAGAGGCCACGGCCAUUUAUGAUGGAAGCCUUGCUUUGCGGUCCACUCGAACGUGAAGCCGAGCGCCUGCAUCCCAAUAGCUUCUCUGCCCUUGGGCAGCUUCGUUCGAUACAGCGCACUGGCAUGAUGGCGAGUGAGAAUGGAGCGGGAGAAGAACUGCUUUGAACAGUCCAUCGAGACAUCGAAGUCACCCUCAUGAUGUAUCAACGCCGCUCUAUCUGCAAAGCGGAAAAGUCUUUCGUACAAAUGGAAACUGCCAGCGUCAACAUCGUCUCCAUUUCCCGCCACAUCCAAGUACAAGAGCCUGAACACGGAUCACUAUGACCGCCUUUCCUGACUUCAGCGAUGGCAGGAUCCCCUACAUCGUUGGCGACAGUACCUAUGAGACGUACUAUAAGAUCUUCGGCGACCUCUCCUCCGGCAAGCGUCCGCUCGUCGUCGUCCACGGCGGACCUUCAUUCUCGCACGACUACCUGCUGCCCAUCAGCGACAUCGCGAGCAUCCAUGGCUAUCCUGUCGUCUUCUACGAUCAGGUCGGCGCUGGCUUGAGCACGCAUGUCCGCGAGAGGAAGGGCGACACCGCAUUCUGGACCUUCGACUUCUUCAUCGACGAGUUCUUCAACCUCCUCGCUCACCUGAAGAUCGGGGAGUACGAUUACCUCGGGCACUCGUGGGGCGGCAUCCUCGGGCAGGAGAUCGUGCUGCGGCGGCACCCAAAAGGGAUGAAGAACUUCAUCCUGGCGAACAGCCUUCCCAAGAAGGAGUGGUGGGACAUGUCGUUCAUGCAGCUACUGGAGAAGGCAGAUAUUCCAGAGCAGGCGAAGCAGACGAUCGUCGGCCAGGACGCGACUCCGGAGGAGCGAUGGGAGGCGGUCCAGCUGUUCUACGCUCAGUAUGGCUGCAUGGUGCAACCGUUUCCGGAGGAUUUCCUGCGUGGCAUGGCAGGCAACUUUGGCGAGGACGCAGACACGACGGCUAACGACGCUAUGAACGCUCAGGGCGGCGAGCUGAACGGAUGGGACGUGCGUGACAAGCUAGGAGAAAUCGACGUCCCGACACUCGUCAUCAACGGAGCCAGGGACUUCGCACAGGACUGGGUUGUCGCACCCUUCGUAGAGAAGAUAUCCGGCGCAAAAUGGGUGAAAUUCGAGUACUCGAGCCAUACGCCUUUCUGGGAAGAGCGGGACAAGUUCAUGCAGGUUGUUGCAAAGUAUCUUGGCAACCAUUGAGGGUAGAGGACGCGGGGGAAACGGGACAAGGCAACCUGCGGAAGGAAUAAUCAAUCGCGUGUAUAUCCCGGUGUUUUGAAUAUAUCUUAUUAGGCCAUAUCAGUUUCGAUGAAUAUCAGAGAGUUCACUAAU